AUUCAUUUACUUCUGUUUAAUGUUAUGCUGUUUAGCAGCAUAAAUAACAAAACUAUGAUUCAAAUUUUGAAUAAAUUACAAACAUAAUGCAGUGUCAGUGAAGCUGUUUGUAGUGCACAAUAAAUCUCUUAUUUACACUGUUUAUGUCUUGUUGAUUUAUAGCAAAGACUCACAGAAAGACUGUGCAUUCGUAUUAUUAUAAAUGAGAGAAAGUGCAACGCGCAAUAUGGCGGAAUAAGACCCGCUUUCUAAAUAAGAGCCAAUCACCGAUUGGUAAAGUCAUCUCGUCACUGUAUCUCCAGUUCCUAUAGAAACAGUCAGAUGCGCACUUCCUCUAGAGACGCGCACUUAGGACUGCGCAUGCACAUUAGCUUGAUGCAGCCUGAAAAAAUGCUGUUUUUUGUCAUGCUUCAAAUUUAUGAAUUUGAUAUGGAAAUGUAUGUUGUUGUCAGAUUUUAUUGGUGAUUUCAAAUAUGAAAUUUAAUAGAAAGCUUGGUGAACAACUUUGGAGAAUGUGAUGUUUCCCCAUUCAAAGAGAUAGGAGCUGCACAUGCAUGCGUGAAAGGCAUUUCAAAGAUGGUCACCGAGUGAAAUGACUUGUCUUAAAGGGACUUUUUUAUAGACUGAACGAGUUUUGCAUGUUUUUGAUCGAAUGAAAGUUGACCUAAAUCAAUGCUGUAAACUAUAAUUUUCAUGUCACAACAGACAUAAUCGUAAUCUUGAUCAUUUGUCUGAUUGAUUGUAUUACCCAAGUAGUAACAAUCUGUAGUAGUAUCAGGCUGAAGUGUAUUCAGAGCUGUAUCUGGUUCUGGUAUCUGGAUGGUAAGAUGAAACCAUGGUUACCGUGGUAAUUUUAGUAAGGCUUUUGUAUGGAGAUGGUCACCGGUGUCUGUAUGCUUUCUGUUAACGUAUCAGUGCAGACGGCUUUGUUCUGUCAGACAUGUUCUGCUCAGCAGCAGAGGGAGUCUGUGGAGACAGAAAAGAGGACACACAUCACAGAGCGCAUCAUACGCUGUCAAACCCCAAACCGCCAUGUCAGGCUUUCCUGUGGAGUGCAGGAACACAACUGCAUACCCAUUCCACACGUAACAUGCACGUUAGGACAGAUUCUGAGCUGUCAUUUACUGAUGUUGGCUGAGAUAUUUAAACUGGUUAUUGGUUGACAGGCAUAGAGACACCAAGAUCUGCUUUGUUGGCAUAGUGAAGCUGUAAAGAAGGCCUCUUGUGGGUUUUGUUUAUUUUUAGGGUCUCCAAUGAGUUCACCUGAAAUCUGAAGCCAAGAGAAGAACGCUCAAAUGCUAAUUAUAAGGACAUUAGGUCAGUGUACUUUAUAUCAGGAAAAUGACUGCUUUGUUAAAAGUGGUCAAAAGCCAUAGAGUGUGAGAGAGAAAUGCAAGAUGAUGAAACGGGCUGUAGUAUAAGCUAUGAGAGAUGUGUUCUUCAGCACCAUAUAUGUCCAAUUUGUGAACAUUUGGAAAACCGUGCUUCUACCUACAUUUUUCCAUAACUCAAAAAAACUUUCCUAUACUGUACAUCCAGUUCACUGCAGGUUCCAGCUCAAAUGACCACUGUAGGGGCAAUAAAACACCAACAACUUUUUUUCCUUUUCACACAAAUUAUGAUUAUGGCGCAGAUUAUCCAUUAAUAAAUACUUUUUUUAGUGAUUCAUUGCGCAAUACUAUAUUAUGACCUGAAAACACUUUUACCAUAAUGCAUGUUACAGCUUUGCAUUUGCGACAUAAGUCACGACACUCAAUAUAAGUUCUUAAAGACUUUUAGAAGCAAGCUAAAAUGGCAUAGUUGCUAUGUUAACACUAUUGUUUAGGUUUACGGUAGGGUUUAUUGUAGGUAGUACAUUAUUUUUUAAGUGCAAUAGAGCAUUAACCUUUUUGCGCCACUCGCUGGACAUUUCGUUUCCGGGCUGUUGCGAGAUGUACAACAACUAACGUAAUAGAACAUUGCCAGAUUCAGGUUCAUCUGUUUCAUAUAAAACUCAAUGCGCUUUUCAGGGCACUCACUGGACUUUGUGGACACAAAGUGAAAAGAAGCAGCGCUAUACAGGCAUGCAUUCCCAAUGUGCCUGGGUUGUUCUUUUGAAUCAGAACUUUUCAAUGAAUCAGUUGAACCGGUUUACCACACCAGUUUGAACAGUUCGUCCACAAAUCAGUCUGAAAUUGGUCAGGUUCUCGAAUCAGCAUGGAUAGUCCCGCCUUCCAUUAUACCAGAACAUUUUGAAAAGACGAUUCGUUUUGAGUGUGUUCUUUAUACUAGCAAUUGAGAACUGAGAGACUGUAUUGCUUAUUAAUAAGUUGGAUACACAAUCAUUCUUCAUUGCCUUUGGGGUAUUCAUCUCUGAAAGUAAGGCUCCAUACUCAGUCUAAUCGGCUGGUUUCAGAUUAGUCCCAGUGCUCUGUUAGUCUUUCAGCCCCUUGAGCAGGCAAAAGUAGAACGCCAGCGACAGCUGUCGGAAACCCAUCACGGAGCUCUGCUUUUGAUGUGUGUGGGAGUGUUCCUUGCAAAACCAGUUAGCUGCCACAGUUAACAAGAUUGAGAAGGGCCUGCAGAAUAAAAAAGAAGAAAGGGAACUUAUAGAGAGAACGAGACGGAGCACAAACCCUUUGCAUCCCUCAGCAGUUCUAAUCGGUAACACGGCCGAGAGUAGUCAUUUGUGGUGAGUUUGUGUGCAUGUGUAUCAUCCUUUUGUGCACAAAACGCACACAUCUGAAAAUCCCAGCAUGGAAAGAAAGCGCAUUCCAAUUUUGAAAUAGUGUGUUUGGCAUCUUAUGAACCUUGCAACCACAUCUGGAAACAUUAUUCUUGGAAGACAGGUCAUUAUCCACCAAAGGGAGCAUAGAAAACAUAUUUAGAGCGAGGAAAAGUAACAAAAUGAAAAACAAUAAUUGAAGUGACCAACAGUUGGACUGUUGCUCUAAAUGUCUGGGAAUGUAGGACACUUGGUUAUACAUGGGUACAGUUCUGUCAAAUUUCACAGUUCAAAUCAGUGUUUCCUGCUCCACUUUUCAGCAGCUACUGAAUCUUCAGUGGCACGGCAAAAGAAAUCAUAAUUUACCUGAAUGUGAGUUUGCAGUCUGCAUUGAAUUGGAUGCAAUAAAAUGAACCGUAUACUGUGAAAACUGCUGACAAGAAAUGUCUUUCUAUUGAAUUGUCCUCGCGGACUGAGGCAUAAACAACAUAAAACACAGCCGGUCCAGUCUAAUUCAAAAACAACUGACUCUUAUGAACUGGUUCUUUGUAGUGAAUCAAAAACAGACUGAACUGCUUGUUCUGUUUGUUUUUUAUUUGAUUAAAAGGACAGGUUCAUAAGAAACACCGAGUUUAGGAAUCAAACCUGCUUGUGCUGUUUGAUCCUAAACUACUGAUUCUUAUGAACGGUUCUUUUUAGCAAAUCAGAAACAGCAGCAUGAGCAAAAUUAACAGGAAUUCUUUUAAAAAAAUUCUUUGUUUCAUAUGGAUGUGAUUGGUGCUUUGCACAGAUGCAUUACAACCACCUAUCAUUGUCUUUCGUUUUCUUUCUUUUCAUGCUAACCACAGUGUCCCUCCCACACGCAUGCACAAAUGCACACACGCACACUCACACACUGCAGUAUAGGAUCCCUGAACCCACAUGCCGUGUGGUUUGAAUUUCUCUGAGACUGAGUGAGAGAGAUAAGAAAGAGAGAGAGAGAGAAAGAAAGAGAGGGAGGCGUCGGGCCCACUGAUUCCAUUCUUUUGGUUGAGGAGUUUCCAUUUGCACACGCAGCCAUUUCCAAUGACCAAGGACAACUUUCCGCUUGCACGUUUUAAUUUGUGCUGCAGUAAACUGUCGGUGUUCGUCAAGGCUCACAGCUUUUACAGGCUCGCUCUGAUUGCAGGAGCCCUACAACGAUAACCGCCGCAUGCAACCUGCCUUGAAUGGAGCCGCGCUUUGAGGGUUUGCGCCCGUCUGUGUCGUCUUUAUGGAGUACACAAACUGCCAAUUUUGCCCAGUCAGGAGUUAAAUCAAGAUGACAAGGGGUGUGAGCGGUAUGUCCGUGGAUGAGAAGUCUGAAGCUCCCAUGUACGUGUAUGAGUCGACGGUGCACUGUACCAACAUCCUGCUGGGUCUGAAUGAGCAGCGGAAGCAGGGCCUGCUCUGUGAUGUGACCGUGCUGGUGGAGGGGAAGGAGUUCCGCGCGCACAGGGCUGUCCUAGCGGCCUGCAGCGAGUACUUCCUACAGGGGUUCGUCACCCAAAAUGACAAUGAACUGGUUCUCAGCAUGCCAGAGGAGGUCAGUGCCCGGGGAUUCGCUCCAUUGUUACAGUUUGCCUAUACGGCUAAGCUGCUGCUCAGCAGAGAAAACAUCCAGGAGGUCAUCCGCUGUGCUGAAUUCCUGCGCAUGCACAACCUGGAGGACUCCUGCUUUCGCUUCCUGGAAGCCCAACUCCGCAGCGAGGAGGACGGCCUGCUCCUGUGUCGCAAGAUGGCGCCUGAGAGCAAUCACUCGGAGGAUGAAAGCAUGCAACCUGAGUUGCUAACGACAACGACAACUGCAGUGACCCUGUCCGGUUCUCCACGCUCUCGCCGUUGCGCAGAGACCCUGAACUCCUUGCGGCGACCGGACCAUGAGCGGCUGGCAGCAACAGAAGAUUUCGCUGAUGGGCAGAUGGACUUUGAGCGACACGGCACCUCAGACCUGCCACGAUGCCCUAAGUACAGGAAGUACCAGUGGGCAUGCAACAAGCACAAUAACGACUCCUCCUCACACACCAGUACCUCAGGUUUUCCAAGCACAUUCAAGGAGAUGAGCAGGCCAGCAGUGAUGCAAAUCAAGCAGGAGCCACGCAGCGAGGAAGAGUCCAUCUCGCUUUGCCUGUCAGGGGACGAGCAGGACGGAGGUGAAAAGGACGGUGUGGCUGAGAUGGAGCUGGAUGGUUCCAUCGCAGUGGACCAACCAAAAUGCAGCAGCAAGUCACCUACCUGCCUAAGAACUCUCUUCAAGAAGGACCUGCCUAGCACACCCCAGCAGCUUUUUGCUAACAGACUCGUCAAUGCCCAGGAUAAAGGAACCACUCAGGGAGACCACAAAAAAGACUACAGGCCUUCGCUUGGCAAUGAGCUUGGCAUGCCUGUGGCGUUCCCCAAAGACACUGAUGGUUUCCCGCCUGGGCUUUCGUUGAAGUCGGCUUCAUGCGAUGGUGUGUGUAAGCAAGAGGGGGAGCUGGAUCGCCGCAGUGUCAUUUUCUCCUCAGGGGCCUGUGACCGACUGGGUACGCCCACCCACUCCCAUCCCAGUGGGAACUCAUUGGAGAAGGAGCUCUCAGAACACAUGCCAAAGGGAUUGUGGGCUGGCGCCAGCCAGUCCCUCCCCAGCUCCCAGACCUACUCCCCCAGUACCACAGCCAGUGACCCGCCCCUACUUUGCCGCCAAAGGCCUAAUACCAGCUGCCCAGUGCCAAUUAAGGUAUGCUCGCGAUCGCCCCCUUCAGAGACCCGCACCCGGACCUCCAGUUCCUGUUCGUCGUAUUCUUACGCUGAGGACGGGAGUGGCGGGUCCCCCUGCAGCCUUCCACAGUUUGAGUUUUCAUCCUCGCCUUGCCCCAAUGUAACACGGUGUCCCACCGCCGACUCGCAGGAGGCAGGCAGUGGGACAGAUACACUCUUUGCACGGGUGCGGCCCAAGAUAAAGUGUGAGCAGUCGUAUGGAACCAAUUCCAGUGAUGAGUCAGGGUCCUUUUCGGAGGGGGAUAGUGAAUCAUGUCAUGCUCGAGAGCAAGGCCCUGAGGUCAAGCUUCCGUUCCCUGUCGAUCAAAUCACAAAUCUUCCACGCAACGACUUCCAAAUGAUGGUGAAAAUGCACAAGCUGACCUCAGAGCAGCUGGAGUUCAUCCACGACGUGCGCAGACGCAGUAAGAACCGCAUCGCGGCCCAGCGCUGCCGCAAGAGGAAACUUGACUGCAUCCUGAACCUUGAGUGUGAAAUACGCAAACUGGUGUGUGAGAAGGAGAAGCUCUUAACGGAGCGCAACCAGUUGAAGGCGUGCAUGGGAGAGUUAUGGGAGAAUUUCUCCUGUCUGUCUGAGGAGGUGUGUCGAGACGUGCAGCUGAGCCCGGAACAGGUCCAUCACUACUGCCCCAUACUGCGCCCCGGCAACACCGCCUCCGUCGCCCCCGGCACCCAGGCCCUGCCCACCGGCAGCAUCGACCUCACCACUUGCUCCACCCCCGAACAGAGCUUCCUCAAAUCGGCCACUGCAAAAGACGGACAACCGCGACCGGCCCAGUGGAAGACCGGCAACGGGUCCGAAGACGUAGGCAACGACAGGGAGGAGCAAGAGGCCGGCUCCGCCUACCUAGAGGCGGGGCUGUCCCUGGAACAGUCCAAUCAGACGGUGACUGUAGACUUCUGUCAGGAGAUGACAGAUAAAUGUACAACCGACGAACAGCCCAACAGAAAGGACUGUACCUAAUGACGGUGGUUUCUCUGUGUUGAUUUGUUUUCAAUGUUUUUUUUAUUAUUUAAUUUAGUUACGUCUUCUGACAAACCCUCAAAACUCGAGGGCUGUUGAGAUGGCCAGCCUCUGCCAGUGUUUUUGAUUUUUUUUUAUAUAUAUAUUUAUGUCUUUUUAAUUGUCUUUUUUUAAACAAAGGUUGACACUACAGUUGUCUUAACAGCAGCAAUACUGUUCUCCAGGUUUUCUCUCAUUCAGCCAUGGCAGAGUGGCUGAGACCUUCUCACAGAACUUCACGAUGGUGCUACACCUUUCCAUGACAGUGGCAACACUGUCUGUUUCCAAUUACAGUCCAUUCAGAUGGGAUGGGCUCUGACCACAUCUCAAAUUCAGACCUCUAUGGACCUAGCAGCAGCAUUUUGCUCUCUCUCUCUCUCUCUCUCUCUCUCUCUCUCUGUCUUUCUCCCCACCCCACCUCUGUUCACUAUUCCUACCCUCUACCUCUAAACCUCUAUCACUCCUUCUCUCGUCUCCUUCUCUUUGUGGCCCUUGUCACAGUAAAUUCAAACUCAGGAAAUAUUCUGAAUGUUCAGUAUAACUCAUGAGAAAAAAAAAAUUACAGAAUUUUUUUUUCUACAGCAGCUAGACUGUAAAUGUCCAUAUGCAAAAAUGUCUUCUGCAUCAUGCGUUUGUAGUGUCUGUGUACCGCAACACUUAAUUUGUACAGAUGGUGGUAUCUAAAAACAUUCCUCCUUUGCCUUCCACAGCACUGAUACGAAAGAAAGUACGACGGAAAGACGAACGAUUCGAAUCGUAGUUUCGGCCACCUUUUGCGUCAGCAAUACUGUACCAUUGGAUGUUUUCGAGAAGUGCUCGCUCGGCAGAAAGCGUAUUGUAAAUAGUACGGCGCAUGGAGGCGGUCUCGGUAAUAUUGUACAGGUAGAACUUUAGAUGGCUUUUUCCGUUGAUUCGUUUUUUUUCUUUUCUUUAUUUUCUCUGGGGUUUGAUCAAGCACCUUUUUGUCACGAAGGGAAAGUUGUUGCUGUUUCCUGUCCCGAAUGAAUUCCCCAUGACGAUGGGUGUGCUUAAACUCAGGAAACUAGCAUUCUUACACUCACGCAUGCACACACACGCUCGCAUACGAACCCCCCGGUGCAGCGCAUAGAGCCCCUUGCAUGUAAUCUGGAUGUAAACGGUAUGCGUAGUGGUGAGCUGUUCUCCUUUAAAUGUGAAAACGUGCUCUUUUAUCAGUAUUUACAGUGUGCUUGCGGACACCUCCGAACAGUGUUAUCUCAAAACAAAUGUCAUCACAAUCCCACAGCCUUUCAGUUUCGAGAUGGUCCUCCUCACUGCAGAACAUGAGAUCCAGGGGGCAGGGUUGAAUCUAGAUCCAACUCCUCCCACUUUACAUAUCCCUCAACCUACCCGUCUCCGCCCACUGGAUCUCGUGCGUCCUGCAGUGAGGGGCUACUGCUCGAACAGGAACAGGAAAUGAUGUUGAACUCAAUUAAAGGGCCUUGCCCUUACCUUUUUUUCUUCCCUCAGCACUCUUUGACCAUUUAGCACUUCUGAAAGGGUAGAUUUCUUUUUCAGGACCCUAAAAAGUCUGAAAUUGAAGCACUUAAUGCAGACACUUAAAAGUGUCUCUCCUGGCUAAUGAUCUUUAAUGACAUGGUAUCUUAUAAAGAACGUUUUCAAGUUCAUUUGAAUAAAAUAAAAAUAAAAAAGAUGAGGGAGUGUUCAAAUUGCGUGUUUAUGGAAGACACUAAAAAGCUAUUUUAGAGAGCAUCGAAAUUCUGCUCUGAAUUGGAUGUAAUAAGCCCAUUCUUUAAAGUUGUCGUAUAUUUCCCUUUAUUGUACAUUUGUUAGAGACGUAUAUCCAUACUAAUGGGAUUGCAUGCUGCCUGUAUGUUUUAUAUAGUUUUAGUUUCUUUGCCUCAAAAUGUAGGCCUCGGAAAAACCGUUUGAAUCCCGACGAGUUCACUCUGGUUUAGUUGAGCAAAAACUAAGAGUGUUUAUUUAUUUUUUUUAAAUAAAAAAAAAAAAUUGGAUCUCCCAAUAAAUAAUGCAACGCAGUUGGGAGUGCCACUCGUUUGACAUAGUUCCAUAUAUUAUUUGAAUGACCUUUGACCCCCUAGAGCUCUAUGUGUGCGUGCUUGUGCAUUUCGAGUCUGAUGGUUUGAUCUUCAGACACGUUUCAAGUUAUUAAAUACAUCCCCUCUCCCUCUCGUAUGCAAGCGCACACACACGCACACACACACACACACACACAUGAACACGUCACACUGGGUGGAGUGUCUCUCAUAGGGAUGUAGAAUCUAGAGGUGUUGUGAUGGAUAGUUGUGCUGUUGUUUUCGUUGUGGAUCUGUUCUUUUUCUCUUUCUCUUUCUCUUUUUCUAAAGAAAUUUAAACAGUAUUUGCCAUUUCUAAAUUGUAAUCAGGUACAAGACUAGAACUAAAGAUUUAUGGGUCCAAGUGGACAUUUGUGCACACAUAUGCAAAUCAUCCCUAUAAUGAUGCGUUUUUCUUAUUUCUUGUUGUAUAAAUAAUGAAGUGUGGAAAGCAUGACCUUCCACUUGACAAGCACACUGUCGUACACUUGAGAAUCUUGUCCACAAUUUUGACAUUUCUGGAAAAAACAAAAGGUCACACCUGCAUCAAGGCUAUCCAAAAACAUUUUCCCAAAUCUGCUUUUAUUUAUGUUCCUCGCAUAGCAAUGUAUUUGUUGUGUACUUGUGUAUUUCUGGGCCGUACAUGAUACGGCUGACUCCUCACGCUUGCACACUUGGCCUUAAGAGCCUGGGGAUGCUUCGGUUCAGGCUGACGUUUCGAUACGGACGUGGAAGAAACCGAGAGUCUGGGUGACAAGGAUUGGAAUUCUGACCUCUGUUAGCCUCUGUUACUAAAAGCUGCAUCAUGUUUGCCUCCACGGUGACUUCAAGGGUUCGUCCUGGUCACAGAAAGCCUCACAAGGUUAAAUAAGCUUAUUAGCUCUCCUCUCAACAACACUUCUGCUAGUUUUUGUUGUUUUACAGAGGUUUUAUUUUCGUAUCGGACUCGUGGUUGCUCUUGUAUCUUGUCUCAGGGUGCGUGCCAACGUUUUUUUUUUUGUUAUUUUUAUUUGGUUUUCAGACAUUUUUGAUGGUAGCUGGUGAGCUCAGCUUUCAUUUGUCACUUAUUUUUGUGUCUUGCAUUUUUGUGUCUUCUUAUAAAGCUAAUGGGUGGGUAGCAUGAUUUUUUUUUUUUUUAGAGUUUCUAAGUUAAGAAUAAUUGAUGAGUAGAGAAAACCAACUAGAUUUGCACAAUUCUUUUGGAUAACAAAAAAAAAAAAAAAACCCAACAAGGGCUAUGGAAUAUCUCGAAAUAAAAUCCAGCAAUUCGUUUUUGGUUGUAAAUUGGCUGCUACAGCUAAUUGUUUUAGCUUUCGAUCUGCAGUUGCGGUCAAAAGAUGCGUAUUUUAAGCUUUGGUAAAUGUAUUGAGAAACAAUACUGUACAGGAAAACACCCUACAUCUCUUCAUCUACGUGAGCUCAAGUUUAAUGUCGUUUGAAUAAUUUGGUCGGUUUGUUUCAUUCGUGCUGCUUCUCAGAAAUAUGAACACUGGCGUUCCAAAGGGUUGCUCAAAAACUUGCCUUUUUCACAAUUUGCUCAACUUUAUAAAACAUUUGGUAUUCGGACUGAACGCGCAGGCAGAAAACGGCGCAAGAAAAAGGCAAAAUGUUUACAAAAAGGUGUCGUGUUUUACGAGAAUUUUGCCAUGUACAUAGAAAUCGUGAAGCUCAUUCGAAUGGAUAGGUUUAGCAUUCUGUCUCUUUGUUUUGUACGUUUUUACAAGCGAACAGAGAAAUGGCCGUUUGAUAACUAUGCUCCUUUUCCUCAAGUUGUCUUUUCGCCCGACGGGGAUGCUCCAGUGUACCGUGAAUACAAAUUGCACCUCCAACUUUGCCUUAGAACUUCCAGAGGCCAUAGUUCACAUUCAAGUGAAGUGUGUAUGCAGGGGCUGUGAGCCCCCAUGUUUCGGCUAGCAGAGCGGACUCUCUCUCUCUCACACUUAUCUACCUGUGAAAUCCUUCAUACCUCUCAUUACUGGUCAAUGACUGUAUCAGCAAACUGCAUCAGGUGUUUUUUCUACAUGCUUUUUACACAGAUUAUAUGGAUUAUUGUAUUGGUAGAUUUUGGUGCAUCAUUUUUAAUGGAAUAGCUCUUUGGCUAGUAGUCACACGAGUUGUUUUCUUCUCUCUAUCUCUCUUUCUGACUCUUUAUCGCAUUUUUUCUAGAAGACUGUUUUGUGUUAAUAUUGUCGAUUUGAGGUAGCUGUUUCUUUGCUUAUUCUGUACUAAGAGUUUUUACUUCUUUUUUUUUUCAUUUUGAAAUGCUACAUGACCCUAAUGAAUUUAAUGACUUAAAACCAUUGUACAUACUGUAUUGUGCAGGACUCAUUUUCAUGCAUUUCAAUUGCUAGUGUUAUAUAAAUUACAGAUUUUGUCUAGACACCAUUUCUGUUUAUGAAAUAAAGAAACAUAUCAUGUA